ACAAGGUGUAUAAGCACCGCAAGGUGUGCUGGAGUAAGCAACCAGCGAUAGCAGCAGUAACAAUCAGCAUGAGCGAGAGAAGCAGAAAGGGGAGGAGGGGGAAGACAAGAAGGAGAAGCAACAACAGCAGCCAGAGAGGAGGAGGAGGAGGAUAUAGUGGUGUUACGAUGGUGGUGGAGGUGGAGGUAGUGGUGGUGUUGGUUGUUGCCGUACCCAGUGAGCUGUUUGUUCGUCCAACCAAACGGUUGGUGCUUUUGCUAGAUGAUGGCUGCAACCGAUCACACCACACCCAGUCGACACGAGAAGAGUCUUGGACUACUCACCACCAAAUUUGUAUCUUUAUUACAGGAAGCCAAAGAUGGAGUACUUGAUUUGAAAGUGGCUGCAGACACAUUAGCUGUGCGACAGAAACGACGGAUAUACGACAUCACGAAUGUUCUAGAAGGAAUCGGAUUAAUAGAAAAGAAAUCAAAAAACAGUAUCCAAUGGAAGGGUGCCGGACCAGGAUGUAAUUCAAGAGAAAUAUCAGAUCGCCUUGUUAAUUUGAAAAAAGAGAUUGAAAGUCUAGAAGAAAGAGAAAAACAAUUGGACAAACACAAAAGUUGGGUCCAACAGAGUAUUAAAAAUGUCAUAGAGGAAGUUUCUAAUAGUCAGUUGGCAUAUGUUAGCUAUGAAGAUAUUUGUAAAGUGUUCCCUGAUUGCACAUUGUUAUCCAUACAAGCACCUUCAGGGACAAAAUUGAGAAUUCCAGAUCAAAAAGGUAAUUACCAAAUCUAUUUGAAGAGUAAUUCUGGUCCUAUUGAUGUGAUGUUGGUGAACAAAGACAGUGAGGCUUCAGCGCCUGAAGUUGAUCAGUUGCCUCCUUUCCAAGAUGAUACGAAAAAGAUAGAAAUUCUACAGAACACAGUGAAACAAAUCCAGAAUCCUUCGGUUCUGGAUACGAAAUGUGUUCUGAAGACACAGCAGAAACUGAAAAAAAAAUCUCCCGUGAAAUCACCUCUAUCUCCUGCCAAUCGAAUGGCCACAAGAUCAUCUCCUCGGAAAGCUGCUCAAAGUCAUAAUCCAGUACAGAUAUCACCCCUUGUUUCAGAAAGUCUUCCAAUCUUCCUUGGUGGUUCUAAAUCAACAUUUGAUGUGGAUGAUGAAUUUGAUGACCUCAUAUCAACAGAAGGCUUGGAACCCCUAUUGCGCCUGAGUCCUCCACCCAGUGACCGAGACUACCAGUUCAACCUGGAUGACAGUGAAGGCGUUUGUGAUCUAUUUGAUGUCCCUCUGCUUCCACCAAACUCUGCUGCUGCCUUCUAUUGAUACUUCAACCACACACUCAUGUGCACACACACACAUACACAUACAUAUAUGUGCUCUCUCUCCCUCUCUUGUCAGCUCAAAGACAAAAUACCUUUAAACAACAGCUAAACCCCAUCAGGAAGUGGUUUCUAUAGAUAUAAAUAUUAUAAAAUCUGUUAAUAUCUUUGUUUCUGCUAACCUCUAACUUCUCAUCUAAAUCUAAUCUUUUAACUUCUUAAUGACAAUACAUGUAUCAUGUAUUGGCCUCCAAAUGUGCAUUUGCAAGCAUACAAGGACUUGGGAUUAGUGGUGAUAGAGUGAAGAGUGAGUUAUUACACAUAUUCCCUUUGAUUAACCUAUUCUGUUUCUUCUAGGGCAGCUGACAACUACAUCAUGAUUAUUAAUAAGAAAAAAGUUCUCAAAUCCACUGUAGUAUCUCCCUUAGACUCACUCACAAUUAUUACAAUAUAUAUGUGUGGAAAUGUAAAGUACUGGGCAACUGAAUAGCUCAAUACUGUUCAGAUUUCAAUACUGCCAUUGUGUUGUAUCCCCGGAUCAGGACAAUGUUAACUUUUCAUGCUCCAGUAUGUCUUACCGAAUACAUAAAGAACCUUGACCUUUGGCCUACGUCCUACUUCAGUGGUUAGUGGCAGCAAAAGCUUCCAGCUUUAAAAGCAGCUAAUCCAACGAUGGAAAUGCACUUAUGCACACACACACAGAUAUGAUAGGUUGUCCACCAAGUUUGAAGAUGCCCUAUUUUGGCAGAGAAAUAUUUGCACAGACUGCACACUAAUGUUUAUUUACACCAGAAUUGUUAGAAUAUAAUUUGUGAGCUGCUCUUUUGGCCUCUGCUAUACAGAUAUGUGAAGAUUCAAAUGCUUUGGAACCCUUGUCACUAGUUUCCUUCCAAGCACACAACUGGACUUGCCUGAAGUUGGCAAAGGAACUGGAUGCAUUAGCACAUCUGAGAACCUCUAUAUUAGGAAUCGUUCUUUGGUAAGACAUGUGGAAAUGGUUGAGCCUUAUUAGAAUUACAUCAAUACAUUGUCCAAGAUUUAGCACCAUAAAAGUGAGAUGGAAGGAUGAUUGCAUUGUUUUAUUUUAGUACCAAUAUCAAUACCUGGGCUGUCCCUCAUUCUGUGCUGCAGUUUUUCUGAAAUAGCCUUUUCCUUGCAAUUGUCUACAUUUUUUCAGCUCAGUCCCACUUAGUUUUAUUCUAGGAAGUACCUUUCUAUACAUGUUUUAGGACAAGUUGGUGUCUUAGGACAAGUUGGUGUAGGACUUCUAUUUUUUUUUGUAGUGUUGAUAGUGGGGCCAAAUCGUUGUAGGUGUUUGACAAUUGAUUGACUCAUGCCUGCAUGCUGGACUUGUCUUGUGUGAACAAUCCCCAGACACUUAGAGGCUUAAUUUUGGAUUUUGCUUGCAAUCUGUGACGAUGGAAUAAUUUGCCAUCAUAUCUUGAUGUUUUGAAGACAUCCUGUAACAUAGCAAAAUGUAUAACACUGAAAUGGGCAGGUGCUGAGACAUGACUUUGUUUUGACAGAAAAUGAUGCAAAUAUGUCUCCAUUGUCAAGGUACAUGACUCAGUAGUUAGAGUGUCAGGCUCACAAUCAUGAGGUAGUGAGUUCGAUUCCUGGACCAGGUUGUGUGUUGUGUUCUUGAGCAAGACUUUUUAUUUCAUGUUGCUCCAGUUCACUCAGCUGUAGAAAUGA